AUGAUCGGGUCAGUCAAAAUUGUUGAGGGGACUCCUCAGCCAGCCUCCAUUCCCCAUGUGAUAGGAGGGCCUACCAAAUCUUCUCCGACCGUGUCAAACCUGUCGGAUAAUGGCGUGGCAGUACUUGCCGCAUCUCCGGCAAAAGCAGCUAGUAUUUUACAGCAUAGUGAAGCCAUUGCUGCAAGAUUUGGGAAUGCUACGGUGGAAAGACAAGAGACUUGGACGAUAUUUGUUGUCGGUCAUAUUCCAAAGAAAGUUAACACAUUAGACGGAGCCUAUGACCCACUUGAAGGGCUUCUACUAGAAGAGCCGGCGAUUCGAGCUAUAAAAGAUGACACUCCUAUUCGACACAUAGCCUGGACACGUCGGUCUAUAGACUAUCUGAGCCCGUUUGGGCACAUCAGAAUUCAUGUUCCUGAGGCGAGGGCACACAAAGUGCCAUCCCGGAUGCAGCUUUUCGGACAAGCAACAAGCAUCCAACGAGUUUCGAACAAGCAGCUAUUGCGCACCUGCAAUAAAUGUUUUGGCUUCCACGCCACGAGAACCUGCGCCCGACAAUUUAAAUGCGCCUCUCGCGGAAUGGAUUCUCACGAAGGUCCAUGCACACGACAAAUACAGUGCCUAAAUUGCCGUGGGCCUCACGAAUCUACUGAUACCUCAUGCCCGGCUCGCCCACGCAGAGAUCAUGGUGUAUUCGUUCGCCCAACAGGGGCACAGUUGCGACAUAUACGCGCCGCUGGACGCAGAGAGCUUGCCAAUACUUUGAGACAUACUCAGGAAUCGGCCGAGGGCGGUGCCGAGACCCUCACUGAACUCAACCCUACCCAUUAA